GUAGGAGUGAGGCUCCUUGGCGCAAUUUUUUUUCUUCCCUUUGUCGGCCGUGCAUCGGCGGAAUCCUCGGUGCAAUCAUGACGGUGGGAAAAAGCAGCAAAAUGCUGCAGCACAUUGACUACAGAAUGCGCUGUAUCCUGCAAGAUGGCCGGAUCUUUAUUGGAACAUUCAAGGCAUUUGACAAACACAUGAAUCUCAUCUUAUGCGACUGUGAUGAGUUUAGAAAGAUUAAGCCAAAGAACUCAAAACAGCCAGAACGAGAAGAAAAGAGAGUACUUGGUCUGGUGUUGCUUCGAGGGGAGAACUUGGUGUCAAUGACUGUUGAAGGCCCACCUCCCAAAGAUACUGGCAUUGCCAGGGUUCCAUUGGCAGGAGCUGCAGGAGGACCUGGAGUAGGAAGGGCAGCUGGCAGAGGUGUACCUGCUGGCGCACCUAUGCCACAGGCUCCUGCUGGACUGGCAGGACCAGUACGUGGUGUUGGAGGACCUUCUCAGCAGGUUAUGACCCCCCAGGGUCGUGGUAAUGUGGCAGCAGCUGCUGCAGCUGCUACAGCAAGCAUUGCUGGAGCUCCAACACCGUAUGCAGCAGGUCGUGGCGGACCACCCCCACCAAUGGGCAGAGGAGCACCUCCGCCAGGCAUGAUGGGACCACCCCCUGGUAUGAGACCACCAAUGGGUCCACCAAUGGGAAUGCCUCCAGGCAGAGGAGGACCUAUGGGAAUGCCACCUCCAGGGAUGAGACCACCUCCACCCGGACCUCCACCACCUGGAAUGCGACCCACUCGGCCAUAAAACCUCAAGGCACAUCUUGUGUUCAACUCCUGACUUUUCUGUUGACUCACUGGACUGUUCUGGUUCUUGUUUGUUUUAUAUUGUAAAUGAAGCAGUUUUUAAAUAAACACCAUUUUUGAUGUAGGUGCAGGUUUUUAUUUGAAGGUGUUAAAGGGCCUGGUCUACCAACCCACCUUUACAUUCUAAAUAAACAUUAAAGGGUGAUGGCAUAAAUGGAUAUUGGAUGCCCACUGUAGAGCAGUCUCUUGAAAAUGCAUUCCCACUGGCAAGUUAUGCUGCUGAAGUUGCCCAAACCAAAACAAUGGCAAACUGUCCAGACAUUAAUUAUUAAAUAGUAGCCAAACUGUAGAUUCUAAAGAUGGCACUGGUAGGUUGACUUCAUCAACUGUGGCUCGGUGAUGUACAAUUUUUUUUUUAUCCUAGGCUUUCUCUUUUGACAAGUUCUCCCUUUUAUGCAGCAGAUACUGCUGCAUAAAAGGCCCACGGCUCUCUAAAGUUAGCAACUAUUAAUGUAUUUCCAUGGAAAUCUGCAACUAAUUCUGUGUAGGGGUUUUUAAUUGUCCCUUAGGUUAUUACUCUAAGCUGUUUUCUGACAACAGCUUCCCCUCCUAAUCAUCAAAUGUGUAAAAACCAGGGUGCAAAGUAAGCCCUGAAGCUGCAUUGGUACAGACCUGGAACUUAAGUUAAUUCAUUUACACUUUCAAACUAUCAAGGUUGGUCACAAAGACAUUAGCUUACUUGUCUAGGUGUGGACUGGCAAAUGCCAGGGCCUAAGUUUGCUUCUAUGUGUAAACAUAACUGCUUUUCCUGCAGUGAAGACUGCACAUUCCUCCUUUUACAGUACUUUCUCAAGAGCAUGUGUCAAUGUCCAAAACUGGAGCUGCAAUAACCAUUGCCACCAGAAUAUCUAUUUGCGCAUGCUUUGAUAAUUUUUAGUAUGUUAUAAAAUGUCCUAUUCCUAGCAA